CGGAUUUUGCGACAAGUUUUCGAGAAAGCGACAAAGCAUGAUCAAGGUGGAUAAACACGCCAAUUUUCUUCUCAUGAAUUACGCUUGACUACAACAGCAACAAUGUGUGGCACCGCUGGAGUCAAGCGUAAGGCUUCGCCGUCGGGUGUCUCGAAUUCUGUCAAGCGGAGCAGAGUCGACGACACUCAGAAUCUCUCGGAUGAUGCCAGCGAGCAGGCCGACCUCGAACAAGACCAGCACGAUGCCUCCUCUGUCGCAUCGCCCGCCUCGACAUCUCGGACCUCGACUCAAUCCUCGACACCCAAAUUGACUAAGGCACAGCCCAAGCCUCGCGAAAACAAAUACGCCUGCGACUUUGAAGGCUGCACGAAGUCUUACUCCCGUCCCGUCCGCCUCCAAGAACACAAACGCUCUCAUACCAACGACCGUCCCUUUGCCUGCCCUCAGCAAGGCUGCGACAAGACCUUCCUUCGCGAAAGCCAUUUGAAACACCACAUCAAGGCCAAACACGACGACGUCAGAGACUAUGUCUGCGACUGGCCCGAGUGCGACAAAGGUUUCCAUACUGCUCAGCGCUUGAAGCAGCACAAGAAGACGCAUGAAAAUACAAAGCCGGACUUCCUCUGCACCGGCUUUCCUCCGUGCAACCAGAACUUCCGCAAGCAAGACACUCUCGACAGACACAUUCAACUUGUUCAUCUGCACGAGAAGCCCUUUGUUUGCGACCAGCUCGAUCGCUUCACUGGUCUGCCGUGCGAUGCUCGGUUCAAGACAUCGACUCACUUGAUCGCCCACAGGGAUCGCGAACACAGCGGCAACCGUUUCUGGUGUAAGAUCUGCUCUCCCGAGAUGGCCGACGUCGAUACAAGUCUGAACCAAGACGCUUUCACCACUGCUGUCGGCUUCCCUACAUAUAUUGAGAUGCAACAACACAUCAAGACGGUCCACCCACCCACCUGCGCGCAGUGUGGCCAUAUCUGCGCCUCCAAUCGCGACCUCAAGGCUCACAUGGAGAUCCAGCAUGGCGACAUCGAGGAUCGUCGCAACUACGUCUGCGAAUAUCCGGGAUGUGGUCGUGGCUUUACCAAAAAGGGAAACCUUGUCGUUCAUCAACGGAGCGUCCAUGCCAAACAGAAGCAGUUCAUCUGUGGAGAGACGGACAUCACAGGCUCGAAGCGUGUUCCAGUAUGGGAUGGUCGCGGUGCUUGCGGUCGUGCUUUUAGUGCAAAGGCGAAUCUUGAGGAGCACGUUCGUACUCAGCACCUGCAUCUUCCUGGUUAUGUUCGUCCAGGCAAGAGAACUAAGCAAGAGGAGGAUGAAUCAUACACAGACCUCCCACCCGAAGAUCACAACUCGGUCCUCGCAAGACUCACUGGAGUUGGCUACGAACACGGAAGAGACAUUGCCUGCCUCGACGAGACUUGUCCGCACCGCUUCGUCAAGCCUUUCGACUUGGAGGUCCAUCUCGAGAUUGUUCACGGAUACACCAAGACAGAGGCUAUCGAGGCUACCGUCGAGCGCGAAGCUCUUACUGGUGGGCAGUUCUGGCUUGGUGGACUCCAACCAGAUUUCGAAGAGCAGCGUUUGGCACACCAACUGGACCUGGCCCUGCAUCAACCUCAAGGUGAUUUGAUGGACCCCUUUCUAAACGCAUGACCUCAUCCUCGAAUGUUCGAUAUGACACGCUGUUCUAGAAAUUGUCGGUGGACGCGAUACCAAGACCGUGGUUACUAAACGACGCGCAUAUUAUGUUUUUAUUGCCCUUCAUACCCGCAAGCGAGAAGCAUUCUGUUUUAAAAUAGCUAGAUACCCAUGAAGUAAUUGCAAGUCCAUAUCGCAU